CCCAUCCAGGUGUACGGGCUGGAAGGGCGCUAUGCCACCGCGCUGUACUCUGCCGCCACCAAGCAGAAGAAGCUGGACCAGGUAGAGAAGGAGCUGAGCCGAGUGUGGACUCUCUUGAAGGACCCCAAGCUAUCCAGUGUGGUUAUGAACCCUCACAUCAAGACCACAGUUAAACAAAAAGCUGUGAAUGAUGCUUUAGCAAAAGAGAAGAUGUCCACUAUUACUGUCAACCUGAUGAAUUUGCUUGCUGAAAACGGGCGCUUGCGUUACACACCAGACAUUGUUUCUGCAUUUGGGAAGAUCAUGAGUGCAUACCGAGGAGAAGUGCUGUGCACAGUUACCACUGCGCAGCCCUUGGAUGAUGCCAGCCUCACUGAGCUAAAAAGUGCUCUGAGUGGAUUCUUGGCUAAGGGAGAAGUCUUGAAGCUGGAGACCAAGACUGAUCCAUCAAUCCUUGGUGGCAUGAUUGUCAAUAUUGGGGAGAAGUACGUGGACAUGUCAACAAGGUCAAAGAUCCAGAAACUCACCAAAAUCAUGAGAGAGACUGUCUAGCAAACUGAGUCAUUCAUAGUGAAACCUGUCAGAUGGAACCAAUAAAAUUGCUUCUUCUUGAA